ACAAGCCUACCACACCUCAAGUGGAGUUUUAAUUAAUUUUAGUCUCUUUUUUAUCAUAACACUCUGAAUUAGUGAUAAUUGGAAAAUGGAAAGGGAAGAAGGCGUAGUAGUGCGGGGGCGUGUAGAGAUUGAUAUGCGGCAGCCUUUUCGGUCUGUGAAGGAAGCAGUUAUGUUGUUUGGGGAAAAGAUUUUAGCCGGAGAAAUUCAUGCUAAGCAACUUCAACAGAGUAAGGCAAGUAAAGGUGAACAAAAUCAAUUUAUGUUUGGAACAGAGCAAGUUGAGCUUGAAGAGACAAAGCAAAGCCUGCAGAAAGCUAAAGAAGAAGGAGAUUUUAUGGCACAUUGCCUCCAAUCUCUUAGAGAAGAGCUGGAACAUACUAGAAGAGAAAUACAACAGUUAAAGAGUACAAGAGGCGUAGUACUCGAGAAGAAAGUAUCGUUAACGAAUUUUGAUGAUGAUGAUGAGAUUCAUGAACAACUAAAGUUCAUUGAGCAACCAGUUGAAGUUAAAACACAAAUCGGAGAGGAUGAUGAUGAUGAGAUCGAAUUUGAAAAGAAGAGGUCUGUCAAGUUUGCUAGUCCUCCAAUGCUUACUAAGAUCAUUGCUGUUAACAAGCUGGAAGAAUGUGUUAAGAAAGAAACUUAUGAGAAAAGCAAGAAGAAAUUGAAGAGGAAGCCUUUAAUCCCUUUAAUUGGUGCAUUAUUCUCUAAGAAGAAGGGAAAUCAGGAAAAAUAAAUCUUAAAAAUAAUAUUCAAUAAAUAUGAGAUUAGGAAACUAGUAAAAAAUUUUAUUUUGUGCAUCAUACAACUGACCCUAAUCGUGUGAGACUUCUUUUUAUCUCAUAAUUGAAUUCUGAAUUCAAACGUGUAGGAAUUCAAUCCACUAAAUCGCUAAUAAAAACAAGUCUUACACAAUUGCUUUAUAACCUCAGUUGUAUAAGGCACAUGAUUAUUUUUUUUAUUUUUUUGAAACUAGCGUAUAUAAAUACUCUACCUGUACAAAGCUUCUGGCCUUGUUUUGAAUAAGGAAAAUGGUAGAGGUCUCAAAGUGAUUCGUACCAUUUAAGUUGUUAGCUAGUCAAUGUAUUUCCUCUUACGUAUUAAUAGUCAAUUUUAUUUUAUUUUUA